GAAUUCAUGUGAGUAUUUGCAGACGCUCCCUGCGACGAUUGAACUGUCCCGUCAUACCUCGCGUGGCCAACGGCUCUCUUCACCACCGAAUGCUUGUUCAUUGAAUUACCAUACUCAACCUGUUCAGUUCGAUUUAGUGAAAUAAAUUGGAGCAAACCAGGUCGGACUAGCUCAUUAAGCACCGGAAACCUGACACACUUCUCCGGCCUUGUGCCUGUCUGACUGCGGUGGUGCUUUCCUGGGCUCGCUGGCGGGGUUUGGUCGGGGAGGCAGAGGGAAGUAACGUUACCGAGCUGGUCCCGAGUGAUGAUGGAGCUAGAGUCGGCCAGUAAUAGAGGCGAACUGGGAGCUGUGGGGGACUCGCUGCAGCCACAGACUCCCAGCAGGCACGAAAAGAGCCUGGGACUGCUCACAACCAAGUUUGUGACUUUACUACAGGAGGCAAAGGACGGAGUGCUGGAUCUGAAAGCGGCUGCAGACACAUUGGCAGUGCGACAGAAACGACGUAUCUAUGAUAUCACUAAUGUUUUGGAGGGAAUUGGACUGAUCGAAAAGAAGUCCAAGAACAGUAUCCAGUGGAAGGGUGUAGGUCCAGGAUGUAACACCAGAGAGAUUGCCGAUAAGCUAAUUGAUCUGAAAGCCGAGCUAGAUGACCUGGCUCUCAGGGAAAACGAGCUGGACCAGCAGAGAGUCUGGGUCCAGCAGAGCAUCAAGAAUGUCACUGACGACUCUAACAACAGCCCUAUGGCAUAUGUAAAACAUGAAGACCUCUGUGGAGCUUUCAAAGGUGACACACUCCUCGCGAUCCGUGCUCCCAUUGGCACACAACUAGAGGUCCCCAUACCAGAAGCUGUUCUCAACGGACAGAGGAAAUACCAGAUCCGUCUCAAGAGUGCAUCUGGGCCCAUUGAGGUUUUGCUGGUCAAUAAGGACCCAUCCAGUGCCUCUCCUGUUGUUUUGCCCGUCCCUCCUCCAGAUGACAUCCUUCAAAGCCUCCCAGCAACAUCACCUACCUCUCAUCCGUCCCCCGCUGCCUCCCAGGCCUCCAAAGCAGCAAUGUGUACCAAACCUAGUCCUGCCACGACGUCAGCUCCAGCAGCCAACCAGACAGCCUCAGUGACAGAAGUGACGAGCACCGCGCCACUCACCCCAAUAACAGAUACACCUGCUACAGUUACCCAGCAACUACAGUCUUCUGCCUCGUUGGAUGGGUCUGCGUCCUCAUCUGCCUCUGCACUAUUUGAACCAACUAAGUCAAACCCCUCUGAAUUGCUGGACUUUCCCAGAGACCUCUCUGAAAUGUUUGAUCCAACAAAAGAGAUCAUGAGUGGAGACCUUUUGGAGGACUUGAUGUCAUCAGAAGUGUUCUCGCCUCUCCUGCGUCUGUCCCCUCCACCCAGCGACCACGACUACAUAUACAACCUGGAUGAAACUGAAGGCCUUUGUGACCUCUUCGACGUCCCCAUUCUCAACCUCUGACCCCUGCGACUGUUGUCAGAGUGAGAAACUGUUUAUUUCCUCUUCGUUUCCACUCACCCCCACCCACCGUAAAGGUGAGAAGAGGUGCUGGAAAGCCAACGUGAUCUAAUGAGCGUUCACGGACAUCUCUGCACUGACACGGUGAGCUCAGUCAGACAGUAGCUCCAUGUACAGCCUUUUCAGGAAAUACAAGCUAGAGCAAAACAUUUUUAAACUGCUUUUUCAAGGACUCAAAGUCAAAAGUAAUGACAAAUAAUUAUUUUUUAGAUUGUUAUGUAAAGCGUUAUGUUUGUGUAUCAGCUUUCCUGUGUGCUUGUGAGCGAAAGUGAGUUGGCAUACUUUACGCGAGUAUGCUUGUGCGUCUGUGUGCUUGAAUUUUGUAUUGAACCCUUUCUUAACUUGAGACAGAGGUCGACAGGGGAGGAAAAAAGAAGAAGCCUUAUCCUAUCAGGUAAAAGAGUUGUGGCGUUAAUAGAGCAGUCUUUGUCACCUAGCAGCUGCUCAUGCCUGGCUUGAAUGAGUCCAAACACAGCUGGUUAAAUAUGCACUGUCCUCAUGUACAUAGAGAAUAUAUAUAUAUAUUUUGUAUUACCAGCACACAAGACUAUUGUGUAAUAAUGAGCUGCAUUUGUAACCCAGGCAACGCAAUAGUUUGCAAAGAAACAAACUAAAUAAAAAAUAAAGGUUCCAGACUCAAACAAUCACAUUGUGUGAAUGAAGUGAUAUGUUUCAGAUGAUAGGAAUUGGUCUUAAUCCAACCUCUCAGUGUUGGAAGUAUUUUUUUGUGAACCAGUUGGAGAAAGAGGAUCCUAAUGUUGAGUAACUGAAGCCAAUUACUAUUGUGACAUAAAGAACCAAGGACCAAAACGAUGCAUGGGGGGAGGGGGGCGACAGAAGGAAUUGUACUUUUUUAAAACAAUUUUAAGUCAACAAGGUGCUUGUUAAAAAUGAAAUAACAUGUCUUCACUAACUGGUUCAAUAUUUGCGCCUCCACACUGACAGGUUUGAUAAGAAAAAAUGGGCUUGCUUUUUGUUUCAUUUUGACUCUGGACUUUCGAACCUUGCAGAUUUUUACUGCCUCUGAUUAAUAUGUAACUUAACUGGAGUACAUCGGAGGAAAAGCUUCUGUUUUUAUUUUUAUUUUUUCCAAAUGAGUUCUAUGGCGAUUUUUUUCAAUUAUCCAUGUAUAUGAAUACCAUUGUACUCUGUUCAUUUGUAUGUAAAGGGACACAUAUGUAUUUUUGCUGAUCCAGUGAAUAUAAUCACUGGCUUGAAAAUUGUCCUGUUUCGCAUAUUUUUGUAUAUAUGGCACAGAUCCCUACUCUAGUUUUAUUCAAUGCUCUGUUUCCCAUAAAUGAAAUACUGCCCAUCACUCUAAAUGAUUUUUUUUUUAAUCUAAUUAUUUUCUCUGUGCAGGGGGAAGUUAAGUAGCCGUUCAAGAGGAGUUGUUACUAGUCAGACUGUUAAAGUACAAUAUAGCCAUUCAUAUUUCUACAGUGCUUUUUGUGUGUGUCCUGUUUUGCCCUGGGUAAAGUGUAAGUACAGUAUGUACUGUUCAUACCCUUCUCUAUUGCUUGUAUAGAACAGCAUUUAUUUUUUAUACAUGAUAGAUAUAUUGUUACUGCUACUAAUUCUGGGCUACACUUCAUAGUUAUUUUUUUUUAUCCACAAAACUUGCUUUGUCAGAGCAUCAUGUCUCGUUGUUGCACUAAACAUCACUGUGGACAGAUUGGUUGCUACUUGCUACUCAUCCACUCCUGAUGAGUAGCCAGUCAUUGUGUUUGGACAGUGUUGUGAGUUUGGCUAAUUCUUCAAUAGAGCAGCCAGGGUUCAACGGUGCUGGGUUGAAUGAAUCAUGUCUGUGUGUAAUGGCGUGUGAGACUCAAUCCUCCAGACUGUUUGAAUGGGCUCACUAUUGCUAAGCUGUAGUCAAAUUAAACAAAAUAAAAACUUUGGUAUUCUUU